GAUGUUUGCCAAGCACGUGGAUGUUUUAUCAUCCUACCUAACUCAUUCCCGCUCUCCAGUGCUCUUCACUUCCAUCUUCAACAAACCAUCGGCUAUGACUUCCCUCAUCGUCCUCAUCCUCGUACUGUACGCGGCGUCGCAGACAAUCCCCGCCGUAUCCAGCACCACUGCCUACCCCUCCGCACCGGGCACCGAAACUACGGACUGCUCGGUUUCGGGAACAGACGAGCUCAUACCGGUUCGCCGAGAAGUCUACGAUGGAGGCCGAAUCAUCGAUAUCAGCCACAGGUACACCCCGGACAUGCCGUCGUUUGAUUCGAGUGACGGGAUCGGCCAGUUCCUCUGGCUUCCGAAGAGCAUGAAGAACGGCUCUCUUGCCAACCAGUCCGAGAUAAAGCUGCCCGCCCACACCGGCACGCACGUCGACGCGCCCGGGCACUUCUUCGAUCACUACUUCGACGCCGGGUUCGACGUCGACACGCUUGACUUGGGAGUGCUCAAUGGUCCAGCAUUGUUGGUUGAUGUUCCAAGGGACAAGAACAUAACUGCUGAAGUUAUGAAGUCUCUAAAUAUCCCCAAGGGAGUACGCCGUGUCCUUUUCAGAACUUUAAAUACUGACAGGCAGCUUAUGUUUAAAAAGGAGAGUGACACAAGUUAUGUGGGAUUUAUGAAGGAUGGGGCAAGAUGGUUGGUGGAGAACACCGACAUCAAACUUGUUGGAAUUGAUUACUUAUCUGCUGCUGCCUAUGAUGAUUUGGCCUCCGCUCAUUUUGUCUUUUUGGAAGGCAGGGAAAUCAUCCUCGUGGAAGCCCUAAAGCUCGAUGACAUCCCUGCAGGAAUAUAUUCUGUCCAUUGCUUACCUCUUAGGUUGCUUGGUGCUGAGGGAUCGCCAAUAAGAUGCAUUCUCAUCAAAUAAUAAUUUAUAUUAUUGAAAGAUCUCUUGUGCCUCAAUAGAGCGGGAGAGAUAUGCACCAAAGAAAUUCAGCAACGUAUGUUAAUACAGUUUCCUAAUACUUUUAUGUAUAGGUUAUUAUGAACAAUAUAAUAAACGUUUGUUGGACUCUGCCUUUAAAUAUUGUAGGUAGAAUUUACGACACUAAUAUUUGGUGGACUUAGGGCUUGUUUGAGAACGCCUUUUGGGCGUACGUUUUGUUUUUUACCCAAAAAUCAAGUUGCACCUACUAUUUCUAA